AUGACGACCCACGGGGGCGACGCCAUUCGACCUCGUCGUCGACGUCGGGGUGAUCCUCACAUCUGCCCCCAUUGCACCAGGGUCUUCAAACGCUCUGAGCACUUGGGUCGUCACGUCCGAACUCAUACCAAAGAGAAGCCAUUCGUAUGCACUUGCGGGGCCGCGUUUGCUCGUCGAGACCUGCUCACGAGACAUCAACGCAUUUCGCUGCAUACCGGUGAAGCCGAGAACCCUCUACCAAGUCCGACGCCGGAUGUGCUCCCGGCUGAUCCACAAGCCUACCUGGACCCUGAUGCCCAGCAGGACCUGACGGUUACGCAGGAGACUUUUGAUCAAUGUAGGUCACUGAACUCACAGACGCAUUGGAACAGUCUGAUUGACUGCGGACAGUUCUGGGAAUUCGCUGGGUUUCUUGAUGGCAUAGGUUUGCCAGCGGAAUGGAGUCCUUACUUCCAUGGCCCUGAUGGACAUGAAACGACGUCUGGUGAGGCGUCCAAAGGCAACCCACCCGCUCGUGGAGCUCGUCUUGGUACCCCCUUCAACUCUUGGUUACCUUCAGUGCCUGCAGGUGACAGAGCCCCGGAGACACAUUUCGAUCAAGAUUCCCGAGCUCAUGAAGCGGCCCCUUCCGUGCUCAGGGUCACAGAUGAACAACGAGCUCGCUUGAGCCACUCAUUAGACAACUUCCGCGAUGUCUUGGAUCCCGACUUCCGACUGCCUUCACGUCACGCUUUAGCUCGAUAUAUCACCAGCUACAUUGAUGGCUUCCAUUCUCAUAUGGUCUUUAUGCAUGUGCAGACCUGGUCCGUCCUAGACAGUCCGCUUGAACUUGUCUUGUCCAUUGCGACAAUUGGGGCGCAGUAUUGUUUUGAGCAUCGGAUCGCAGAACGCCUAUUCCAUGCAGCCAAAGCCAUAACCUUUGAGCGACUUCUGCAGGAAGCUCACCAGUUCGGCCCCAAGACAGCCAGUCUCUUGUGCAUGCAAGGACGGAUCCCGAGAAAGCGGCCAGAUGGUAAUUCGGAACACGAACGGUUUAUAUGUGGCACAUGGGAGCCCAUCGAUACCGUCCGCGCCCUAAUUAACAUUAUGGGAUAUGCGACCUGGGAAAUGAAGCAAGCCCUCAUUCAAGAGGCAUUCUCCCUCCAAGGUUUACUGAUUCAGGUUCUUCGGGAUCUCGGGUUAGAAGAGGAGGAGGAGAAGCAACAUGUGAACAACGAUUCAGAUCAUGUUUCUCUACAAGCAAGAUGGCUGGCAUGGGUACAUCAGGAAUCUGUCCGAAGAUCAAAGUAUAUUGCUUUCACCUUCACUCAUACUCACAGCAUUGCAUACAACGUAUAUCCACCUCUUCGGACCAACGAGAUACACUUGCGGCUACCGUGUCACACCAAAGAAUGGUUGGCUCCCACGGCGACGGCUUGGCAGGCAGCUCACAGCGAGGUCAAGAAGCAGCAGCUUUCAUUCCAGGAAACACUCUCGCUUCUACUUCGUAAUAGCGAAUGCGAACUUAAUCCCACCCCUACGCCGAUCGGAAACUACAUAUUACUCCACGGAUUGUUACAGAGGAUAUACGUUGUCCGUGACUUAUCAUUGCCAAUCAUGGAUCAGUCUGCGUCUCUUCCGCCUGACGAAGUGGACAAGCUAGAUCGUGCCCUUCGCUCCUGGACCACUAGCUGGCAGCAAGCCCCCGAAUCCAGCCUUGACCCAAACAACGAAAACGGACCUAUCCCAUUCACUUCUAGCUCCCUGUUAGGUCUUGCUUAUGUCCGCAUCUAUCUUAACAUAGGUCCUCAUCGUCUACUUGAAACCCGAGAUCCCGAGCAAAUCGCCCAGGCUCUGAUGAAGUGCCCCAACGUGGAGAGGAGCGAUGGUGUCAUAUCGGCUCUGUUGUAUGCCGCACAUGCGCUGAGCAUCCCCGUGAGACUCGGAGUUGAUCGUGUAGCUCGGAGCCAAGCCUUUUUCUGGAGCGUUCGUCAUUCUCUGUCAGCUCUAGAGUGCGCUGUUCUACUGAGCAAGUGGUUGGCAUCUUUGCAGCGUUCGGUGAAUACUGUCUCCCUAAAUGCAAGCGAAGAUCGGAUGCUUCACUGGGUGCGAUGCAUCGUCGAAGAGGCCUUUUCAGUUGUGGACUUUGAAGAGGAGGAGGUUGAUGUACAGUUGGAUCCACGGGGCUUGAGCCUGGCUGUACUCAAUAUUUGGGCGCACUUCUUCAAAAGUAACACCCAAUGGCGAACUGUUACUUAUGGAGUAUGGGCGAGAACCUGGAUGAGAAACAGAAGCUGCCCAGACCUUAGAUCAGCACCUUCACCGUGGGUACUGUAA